ACGAAACGGUGCAACCAUCAGAAACGUUCGUGUGCAACAUGUAAAACGGAACUAUUUACUACAGCACGCGAAAUCUUCGAUGUAGGUGAUUUUUGUAGAAAACCUCACUUUUCUAAACAUUCUCUAAAUUGUUGUUUUUGUUAUUAGACAUUUAAUCAUGGAACAGAAGUUAGCAGAGUUCAGAGCCCGAAAGAAAGUCGAGAAGCAAGCAACGAAAAACGAAAAUCCACCUGAGAGUUGUUUCUGUGAGACACAAACAGCUCCGAAUGACGCCACCAAGUCCACUGAGUCAAACACGACAGUAAAGGAGGAAAACAGAGACUGGCUGCUGGACAGCGCUGUUGGCCGCUGGCUUGGUGUGCAGCGUUUGGCGGUUACUAACCUGACCUUGCUGAAGGUGUUACUGUGGCUUGUGUUGCUUGGUCUCUUCACUGAGCUGGACUUUGGGCUUCCCUUCUUUGUCCUGUCUCUGUUUUACUGGCUUUAUGAAGGUCUACGGAGUCCAGUGGCGAGAAAGCCUGGUGAGCUGAGUGCCUACUCGGUGUUUAACCCCAACUGUCAGCCCAUCCUCGGCACACUCACUGCAGAACAGCUGGAGGGAGAGAUGGGUUACAGACCACUAAACAAUAGAGUGAAUACAUAACACACUACCAACAAACUCUCAGACUGGCUUUAAAAUAAACACUGCUGAAGUUUAUAUCACCCUACAGAAACAUGUAACAUAUUUUAGGCCGAACACCACACAUUCAUGGACUAAUAUACACACAUAUAACACUCGCAUUUUAUACACAAGGUCAUGAGUAACAGGAAAUGAACAGAGAGCUUACAAACAAGGACAGAAACGAAGAGCUCAUUUGUAUCAGCUGUACAAAACAUUCUUAAAAAAAUUUAAUCUAACCAAGUUAGAUUUGUGUACAUAGCAACAGUCUAUGGCAAAACUCAGGCUAGAAGUUUAUAGAAGAUAAAACCCUCUUAUGCAUCAAUUUUUCCUAUCCAAUUGUUACUUUUCUUUAAAGGUAAAAAAUAAAAUAAAGUGAUGAGAUAUAAUGGAUUUGAGUAUUUAUUAUUAGGUAAUGUCCUACUAAAGAGAACACAGUUAUUUAAAAAAAAUCCUUGUUGAUUGGAUGUGCAGUUAGUAUGCAACAUGUCCAGGUAUCUUGUUUCUCAUUACACGUUUAUGUUCGUUUUGUUCUCUCAGAAUCCUCAAUCCAUGGAUUGAAAGCAGUCUGGGCUGUGUUCAGUUGCAAUCCUGAAUACUUUUUUUUUUUUAGAUUUUUAAAUAUUUCCAUAAUUAAAAAAAGCUUUAAAUUGACAUUUUUACCAAUGUAACUUGAGAAGUAAUUAAAACAGGUGUACAUAAAAAAAAAAAAAAUUAACAUUGUACAUAUAAUGUUAAAAGAGCUUUUCGGACUUCAGUGGGUCCAACAGACGUCAGUUUUUACUUAUGAGUCAUGGGUAUUGCAUAGAGACUCAUAAAUCACACCGUGUUCAGUUCAGUAAUGGAACUUGUCAUUAUAUGGACCUUAGUCCUCACCACCUUAUAUUUUUUUAAUUGAGCUACAGAAAAAACAACUAAUCUGUGGUUCAUUUGGUAAGGGAGACAUUUAAAGCCAGGUGCAUUAGAUGCAUGUACAUCAUACAGGUGUAUUAUGUCAUCUUCUUUAUAUAACAAGACAAAAAACAAAUCUCAGGGCUACCAUUUUGUUUGAUUACAUUUACUAUUAAAAGUGAAAACUAAUCCUUUGUAUUGUUGUACCUGACAAUAUACACUCACCUGCUGACAACUCAAUAAAUUUAAAAUGAUGAUUA